AUAAAGUGAGGAGAAAGAAAAGAGAAAUGUGAUCGAGAUGGGGCAGUUGGCAGAGGAAGGAAGCAGAUAAAAAAAAAUGAGAGAGAGAACAAAGAAAUCGCGACCAAGAGGAACAAACUGUGGAGGCAGCUUCACUUUUGGGGCUGUGGAAAGAACUUCCAGGGUAUCUCAGUCGCUGGAAUAACAGGGAGCAAGCUGCACUGCUGCAAAGGGUUUGCAAAAGGAGCAAAUAAUCUUGUGGCUGCUGCCCAUGCUGAAGGGAAAAAGGGAUCCUGUGAGCAAGAGCGAGGAGGAAACUGCCUGCUGGAGACUGCAACAUUUCAGUAGCAAAGUGUGCUCCAAAGUUCUCUCCAGGAUCCCCUGGGCUGCAGCUCUUGGUGGGGAGAACCCCCACCCGGGAAGGUUGCCCUAGCUCUCACCCCCUGCCCCUCCCACGCAUGCUUUGGGAUUAUAGGUCAUUUUUGAACAAACAACAAAACUAGCAGAUUUCAGAGUGAAAUUCCGGAGGAAAUUUAAAGAGCAUCCGGAUCCGGAGAAAGAGAGAGAGAGAAAGAGGAAGGAAAAAAUAAAUAAAAACGUGGAGUGAAUCUAAGGCAACCAAAGAAGGGACAAGGAGAAAGAAACUGACACUGACGUGGAGAUGGGGGAGCAGCCGAUCUUCAGCACUCGAGCCCACGUUUUUCAGAUCGACCCAGCCACGAAGCGGAACUGGAUCCCUGCCAGCAAACAUGCCCUGACCGUCUCCUACUUCUACGAUGCCACGCGCAACGUGUACCGGAUCAUCAGCGUGGGAGGCACCAAGGCCAUCAUCAACAGCACCAUCACCCCCAACAUGACCUUCACAAAAACCUCCCAGAAGUUUGGACAAUGGGCGGACAGCCGAGCCAACACAGUAUACGGGCUGGGCUUUGCCUCAGAGCAGCACCUCUCCCAGUUUGCGGAGAAGUUCCAGGAGGUGAAAGAAGCAGCCCGUUUGGCGAGGGAAAAAUCGCAGGAUAAAACGGAGCUGACCAAUCCAGCCCUGAACAUUACGUCUCACCAGGUGCUGCCAAGCACCGUCAUCAGCUCCAAUGGGCCGGGAGACGAUAAGCUGUUCCGGAGCCAGAGCGCCGACGUCGAGAUAACAACGGAGAAGGAGCGGCUGAAGAAGAUGCUCUCCGAAGGCUCAGUGCCCGAGGUCCAGUGGGAAGCUGAAUUCUUCACCCUCCAGGACAACAACAACAAGCUGGUGGCUGCCCUGCAGGAAGCCAACGCCAGCGUGGAGCAGUGGAAGAAGCAGCUGGCCGCGUACCAGGAGGAGACGGAGACGCUGCGGCUGCGGGUGGCUGAACUGGAGCUGCAGAAAGCCCACGAUUCCUCCAGCGAGGGCAGCAAGGAGGAGCUGAACCAGACGCUGGAGGAGCUGGAGCUGUUGAUCAAGGCUAAAGACGAGGAAAUUCAGCAGCUGAAGAGGCAGAAGAGUGGCCAGUGGGAGGCGGAGGGGGAGCGCGAGGAAAUGCUGCAGAAGCUGCAGGAGCUGGAGGGAUGCAACGCGGAGCUGGAGCGACGUUUGCACGUGGCUGAGCAAACACUGGCCGAGCAGCUGGCCGAGAGGGAGAAGAUGCAGGGCGAAGUCACCAAGGUGGGCGAGCUAAUGGAUGUGAAGAUAUUUGAGCUCAGCGAGCUCCGGCAGGGACUUGCCAAGCUGGUGGAAAGCAACUGAGCAGCCCUGGCCACAGAGACGCCUUCCAGGAGGGGCAGAGCCCGGCUGAGGC